UCCAAUCAGAUAUCGCGAUAGAAAUCUCAUUAGAAGUCAUGAAAAGUGCAUGUUAUCGAUGAAAGAGAAAAUCUGUUGCAUUCCCAAGACAAUAUUAUCACAGCUUCAUUCAUUUUCAACAGACCAUUAUGAAGGAUGUUUUAUUACACCAGGGGAAGAGUUGUAUGUAUGAAGAGGAUUGUCAACACACAAUGACACAGAACUACUUAAAGUCCUGAUUGUGUAGAAAUUUGGAGGACAUAAUGGCGGCACGACCAGACUUAAAGGAGUUGGAAAAUUUAUCGAUACAUAUCAUAAGUGAAAAUGUUGAGACCCCUGGUGGAAUCAGUGUGGGCCAGCAAUCUUCAGUCAGUGAUUUUUCCGUCGGAAGCCAAAGUCAGUUUUUGAAAGGCAAAACAGAAAAAGACGAAUAUGUCAAAGCGCGUCUUCAAGUUGAUAUUGAGGUUGUUGAUGAAAUAGAAGAAGAUAAGCCUUGUGGGAUAGGAAGAUGUCGACCAAAUGGACUUCAGACCUGCGCCAAUAUAAAAAUGUUUGUUACAUGCAUGUGUCUUCUGAUGGUGACAACGGGGACGAUGUCAACUGGUUACUUCAACAGUGUGAUAACUACGAUAGAGAAACGCUUUGAAAUCGGCAGUUCCAUAUCUGGCUUAAUUGUAGCAUCUUAUGAAUUUGGUUCUCUAGUCACCGUUAUUUUUAUUAGUUAUUUAGGUGGAAGACGUCACAUUCCAAAAUGGAUCAGCUAUGGAGUUUUCCUAAUGUCACUUGGGGCAUUCCUUUUUGCAUUACCACAUAUCAUUGCUAAAAAAUAUACAGUCCAUCGUGGAAUUUCACACAAUGAAACAGAAGAAAAUAUUUGUAAAGUGGUGGAUGACUUAAGUGGACAAUAUAAAGAGAAGUGUAUUGGUGAGACCUCGGGGAACUGGGUUUACGUGUUGAUUCUUAUAUCGGCUCAGAUAUUGAUAGGGACAGGAGGAACACCAGUGUUGACGCUUGGAACAACCUAUGUUGACAAUCAUGUUCCUAAAGAUAAGGCACCAGCAUAUCUAGCUUUUAUUUAUGCAUCUGGAGUAUUAGGUCCUGUGUUAGGCUAUGCUUUAGGAGCACUGUUACUACAGUACUACGUUGACGUGUUCAGCUAUAUCGUCAACAUUCGUCCAUCAGAUCCACAGUGGAUAGGGGCUUGGUGGGGUGGAUUUCUAAUCUGUGGAAUUCUACUGUUUGUUCUUGCCUUUCCUUUUCUAUCAUUUCCACGAAUUUUGGUUGAGGAGAAAAGAAAAAUCUUGGAAGUGAAAACAAAAGAAGAAUUGUUGAAUCAGGAUGAUAGGACUUCCAAACAUGGGGAGGAGUAUGGUAAAACUAUCAGAGACAUUCCUCGUUCUAUGUUGAACUUAUUGAAGAAUAAGAUUUACGUGUUGACCAGUCUUGGUAUUUGCUGUGAGAUCGCCAUAGUCAGUGGAUUUGUCGUCUUCCUUCCAAAAUAUUUAGAGACACAGUUUGGUACAUCUAAAUCGAUGGCCAAUCUUUUCACAGGUGGUAUAGGUAUACCUGGUGCUGUAGUUGGUAUUCUUGUCGGAGGUUUUAUAUUAAAAAGAUUCCAGCUACAUCCUAAAGGUGCUAUAAAGUUGGCCUUGGUGCUAGAUGCUCUGGCUUUGUCAGGUUUUGUUUUAUUUAUGGUGCUCGGUUGUGAAAAUGUCAAGAUGGCAGGGGCUACAUUUCCAUAUCAUGCUUAUGUUAACAGUACUGAUUUUGAUGAUUAUGGUUUUGACUUGGAUAAUGCAGAAGCUAACUUGACAUCUACAUGUAACAUGAACUGUGAUUGUUCCCAGAGAGAAUCACAACCUAUCUGUGGUAUUAAUGGGAUCACAUACUUCUCUCCAUGUCACGCUGGAUGUACACGGUUCUAUAGUUACAUUACACCAGAGGAGAAACUCAUGAAUUUCAGUGGCUGUACAUGUAUCAUGGAUAAUCCUGUAUCACCAGAGGUCAUUGUGUCACCCGUAGCAACCAAUGGUCCAUGUAAAUCAACAUGUCAUAAUCUUUAUCCAUUCCUCUUUCUACUUGUGGUUGUGACCUUCACUGUGGCUGGUACACAGAUGCCUUUAUUAAUGGUGACCUUGAGGUCUGUUCAUGAAGAAGAAAAGAGUUUUGCUUUGGGCUUACAGUUUGUGAUAUUGAGACUGUUUGCCUAUAUUCCAGCUCCUAUCAUGUUUGGUAAUACCAUAGAUACCUCAUGUCUCGUUUGGAAUACGAAGUGUGGAAAUCAUGGUUCAUGUUUGUUGUAUGAUAUUGUACAGUUUAGAUAUAAAUAUGUUGGUGUUUCAGCUGGUCUGAAGUGUCUAGGUGCUAUAUUAUUUUUCUCUGUAUGGGUACUGAUGUAUAUAAGAGACAAAGAAGACACAGGAACCAUAACAGUGAGAGAUAUUUUUAAUUCUGUGUCUUCAGUAGAAAGGAUGGAUUUGGAUUAUGACCAAAGACAUUACAAACAUCCAAAAGACAAAAAAAGUGAAGUCAAACAUUCAGGUGAUGGUGAAUCUGACAAGCAGUUCAGUGAACCGGAUCAGUGGAACAGGAAGUUAAAAUAUCGGCACAAGAGUUCUGAAGCUGGAGAUGAUGUUCCUUGUGAGCCAACUGUCUUUUCCUCAAUGCUUGAUACAGAAUCUACAGUGUGAUUUACGGAGCUUUCAGACCCUAUUGUUUCCUAAGUGCUUGUGUAUAUUUUAGGUUAAAUAUUUGUUCAAAUGUAAGAUGUUUGUAUUUUUGCAGUUUGAUUUUGUAACUUUGUCAAAUUGUGCAUGAAGUUAUUUUUUGGUUGGUGUCUUUCACCUGUGAAGUUGAAAUAAACUAAAAUUUUGAAUACUAAAACAAAAGUUUUAAAUAUGUAACACAGUAACAAGUCAUGAUACUUUCACAUUUUUUUUUUAAAUUGUUUUAAUAAAUAUAUAUAUAUGAUAUUUUAGUUAUGUGCAAUUUAGGUUUGAUUUUUGAGUACUGGUACAUAAUAUUGCAACCCUGUAGAAGCAAAGGGGGCAUUAAUUGAAUUAUUGAUUGAUUGUUGGUUGCUUUACGCCGCAUUAGCACAAGGCUAUAUCACGGCAAGUGGGCAUUAAGUGUAAUCCUAGUUUGUCUGUACGUCUGUUUUUCCUAAUAUUAGUUUAACAUUCUCUAACUUAAGUUUUAUGAAACUUGUACACAAUGCUUAUUACAAUUUACCACAAAGCACAUAUCAAGUUUGUAUGUGGGUAGCGUUCCUCUUACCAUUAUUUAUCUGUGUUUGCAGGCAGGAGCAUCAUCUGUGUCCCAUGGACAUAUUCUUCAUUUAUUUUAAAUAGACUUAAUAAAUCCUAUUCCUUAUCAUUAAAGACAAAAUAUCUUCUGUGCUUGAAAGAGAAUAAACAUAUAUAUAUAUAUUCUUUGAUUUUUUAAUUUGUGCACCCACCAGAUUUAUUUAUGACAAAACAUAUAGAUAUAAAACUAUAAUAUUACAGUAUAUAGUUUUUCAUUAUUAUUUUUUUUGAAGGAGUAAAUAUUUUUAAGUUAUUAAAAUUGUAUUUGAAUAGGAGUUAGGUGAACUUGAUUUAUUAUAGAAUUGUGAUUAAAAGAGGUUAUAUAAUAUAAACUGGAUGCUAAAGUUGAGGUGUGAAAAUAUUUUUAUGUUAUUUAUUGUAAAAGAAGUUGUUGCAAAAUAUCAAUGCAAGAUGUAAUUUAUUGUUGGGCCAAAAUUAAAAAUAUGUUUGUUUCCCCUCCCCACACCCGGGUCAAAAAUAACCCCCUGGGUAAAAAAAUUGGAAAUUAUUUUUUUCCUGAAAAUAAUUUGUUUCCAUUUCUGGAAAGUGCUUGAAAGUAGAAGGAUUGAUAAUUUAAAUAAAUUCACUCAAAAUUGAGCACAAACAACUGAUAAGUGGCCUGGACUGGACAAGUCAAACCAUUCAUGUGACCCAGUUAAAAAAGAAAAGAAAAAAAGAACCUGCCUUCCUGGUCUGUUUACAAAGGGUAGACCCGGGGGAGGGGAAACAGACAUUCUAUUAAAUGUGGCCUUGUUGGAAUCAAAUAUUAGCCAAAAUAUGUAUCAGUAUUGCUAAGGAUGAUAAUUGUUUUUAUAUUGCAUAUGUUAUUUUGUAUUGUUUUGUAGAAUUAGAAACAGGAAUGUCCAGUUAUCUGUGAUGAUAUUAAAAAACAACUUGAAUCUUUAAUUUUGGCAUUUCAUGUAUAUUUUUUAAGGAAGUUGGAAUGGCAAGGUGUGGUAAAUGUUUAAAUUUACAAGGAUUAUCAGUUUUUCUGCAGAAUGUCUGUCACCCUGUUUCUCUCUCCAUGUUGUUGGCUUCUUCCACUAAUGAAAACUUUUUUUCUUAUGACAUAGCAAGGGUCAGUGAAAUGGGCAUUAAAAUUUUUUAAAAUAAGAAAGUUUAACUGAUAUAGAUUUGAAUCCUGGAAUUCUUUUCACACCAGUGUUUUUAACUUCGUCAGAUCCAAGGACAUUCAUGAUAUUAUUUCAAACUCCAAAAUUUAAGUGCAUCAGAAGCAAGUACAACUUUUUCAAGGUUGUGCUUGACCUUUCUCAAGUUAGACUUUUCCUGACCUUGAAGUGAGGGGGGAUAGGACCUUUAUUGUGACUCUGGGAUCGGGUUUUUUUAAGCUUGGGAUUGACCCUUUCGGGAUCCGAGAAUUUUUUAUUCAAAUUUCUGAACCUUGGGAUUUCGUGUUAUUAAGUCAGGGAUUUCAGGAUUUCGUGUUUUUAAGCCUGGGAUUUCUGGAUCAGGACCCCUCCUAUCCCCCCUUUGAAGUGAGCAUGGUUUCCAUAAAAGCAAAAAGUGAUCAAAUUUAUUUCUGGUCAGUUGUUUUUAAUAACAAAAUGCAUUUUGUUUUUUACCAAAUCUAGUCAUAGAUGGAAGCCUGUGUUCAAAUAUUAGUCAAGCAGUCCAGCUGUUAAACAAAUUUUGCAUUCAGCAUAUUUCAAAAUUGUCAAAAUAUGUGUUCAUGUAUAGUACUGUAAAUUCAGAAAUUAUUGCUAUUUUAGGGAAAGCUUCAUACAUAUACACUAGAAACAUUAAUUUUUGAUUGGUUAAAAUUUCAUUGUUUUUUUUUACAUAGUAAAUGGAAGUGAUCUUAUAUGCAGGUUAAAUUUUCAUGGUGUUUUGGAUAUAUUCUUUCCACAAAAGAAACGAAAUUAAAUCCUUUGUAAAUUUAGUUGUUUUGGAUCAUAUAAUCAAAUACUUAGUUACUUAAAAUAUUUUGAAACUAGAGUAUAAUACAAUGUAUGUAUAAUUGACCCUGUUGGUAUUUGUUUUUGUUGUCUUUCAUUGUUGUGGAGAAACAGCAUUAUAUAGGAUAAUAUAUCAAUUUGUUAUUGACUUUUAUAAAUUUGAUAUGCAGAAUAUAUUGCAGGUAGUUUCUUUAUAGAUAAUUGUAAAUAAUAUCUCACCUGACCAUUUAUCCAUUUAUUAAUACAAAUGUAGCUUGUUGACAUUGUUGUGGGUCUCAUUGGGGUCUAAGCUUGAUGCAGGAUUGCCGAUUUAUCAUAAGCGAGAAAUGUGAAAGUCAAAUUAUUGUGUCGUGAAAAUGAGAAAUGAGCUCUUGCAGGAACCGGGAAAUGACAAAAAAAAUAGAAUUGCUUACGCACAUAGUGUUAGCAGGAUACGGGAAUCUAACAAAACAGUAAGUGGGAUCCGGGAUCGACCCCCCAAUGAGACUCCCAUUGUCAUUUUUGUAACUACCGUGAAUUUAUAUAUUUUCAUUGGUAUUAUUUUUCAUGUUGGGUAAAACUUGCAUAUUUGUCGAUAUUUGAUUUUUGUGGUUUUGCCAA